AUGGAACUCGACUUCAAUCCCAAUCUCCGCCUCCAUUCAACCUUCUAUGACGUUCCAGGGUACGAGUCUAAUUUCCACGUUCUCACCUCCCCCAGCCCUCCCCCGUUCCUUCGACGCGACACCUCGCCUGCAAUGAGCAGCAGCUUCGAACCGGAACAGACCCUGCAAUCGGAAGCGUACUAUGGGCGCCUUCCAGUCGUGCUCGUGCACGGCAUGGUGGUCGCUAGCAGCUACAUGCAUGAUCUCGGACGACAUCUCGCACCAUGGUUCCGCGUCUUUAUACCGGACUUACCUGGCUUCGGGCGUUCGACAAACGCAAUGCCGAAGACCGGCGAGAAUAGUAAGGUGUCGAUAGUCCAGCUCGCGCAGGGCCUGCACGACUGGAUGGACGCCGCAGGCAUACAAAAGGCGCAUCUCAUCUCCAAUUCCUUGGGCUGCCAGCUCCUUGCCGAGUUCACGCGUCGCUGGCCAGAGAGAGUCGGGCGACUGGUACUGCAGGGUCCGACGAUGGACGGAAGCCACCAGCCCAUACGCAAGACUUUGCGUGCGCUGGUCACGAAUAGUCGGAACGAACCGCUUUCCAUGUCUCGUAUCAUGAUUCGAGAUUACUGGCGGGCUGGGUGGCGGCGAGCGCUCGCGCUAUUUAGGGAGGCGGCUGAUUACCGUAUAUCGGAUGUACUCCCGAAUCUGAAGAAUCCGACGUUGCUACUGAGUGGUGAACUGGAUCCCGUCGCGCCGUGCAGCUGGGUUGCGGAACUAGCGGAGACAGUGCCCAACGCGGUGCACUAUGUCCUGACGAAAGCUGCGCACACGGCAAACUACUCGGCGACGGAAAAGAUGUCGAGAAUCGUUUGCCGCUAUUUGCUGAUCCAAGAUGAUGACGAGAUCAGGCGCGCGGGAGGGGAAAUCUUGGAACAGGUGACGAGGAUAAAUCACACAAGGGAAGCGGCGGCAAAGCAAAAAUCCCGAUUACUCUGCCUUCAGUCGGCCUCGGUGCUGCUCUCUGCUGCUCUCUUCGCUACACGGAAGGAGUUCGUCGGCAGCUGGCCAUUUCUUGUGGGACUCUUGUCGAUAGAGUCGACGAUCCUCUACAAAUUAUACAGGAUCCGCCCGUCACUCUCCUUGAGCCGCUCAGACCACUUGGACCCCGUAUACGUCAAGCUGCCAGGCAUCGCCGACUUCGACUCUGCAUCCUCAAUGCUCCGCGCAAUAGGGCGGUACCUGCAUUUCCGCGACUUCCCCCAACUCGGCGUCCCGACGCCCCUCGCCGGAGCCAUGCCUCUCGUCAACAAGCUCCCGCCCUCGUUGCGCAACACCGUAUACUCGACUGUCGGCGCCAACGAAGCCGUUGCAGAGCACGACGUUGCAUCGACGUUUGAUGCAGAAAGCGUCACGCAUUCGGUCGUUGCGCACUUUCCAGCGCAUCGGAAAUACCCCGCCGUGGCCAUUGGAAGCACAAACGGCGCGUUGACGCAUUUAUAUGCAGCGAUGGGGAUUCCGUGGCUGCCACAGACACUGCUCAUGCCCGUCAAGCGGUCGCGGGACGCGUCGAUCCAUCAAGGGCUGUUGGACAUGACGGCGGAAAUGGAGUGGGGGAGGAGCGCGGGCCAGACUUUGCUGGAGGGCAACCCGAAUAUGAUCGAAGUGUACCACAUGGCGGAUCCGAAUCAGGACCAGCUGAUGAUCCAGCGAAUGGCGUACUUUAGGCUGAAAUUCAUAAAGAUGACUCAGGCGUAUCGGAGGUUUCUUCUCGACGCGUUGGAACCGAACAACGGCACGAUCGUACUCGUUCGGUGCGGCUUGAAAUGGCCCUCGUCCACAAAGGUCGCUGAGCGUCAGUACUUUCAGAGCGGAGCUCUUGGAGGGUUAAGCGCGGAGGGAUUCGUCAGGAGUCCAACAGUCGUAAAUGAAUUCGUAGAGUCGCAAAAGUCGACAUCAACCAAGUUGCGCGAAACAGUGCUGGGAAUGGAGCGACGAACGGACUGGAAUGCCCCGCCCCCGUCGUCUGAAGAAGAAAUCUCCGAAGCAGAAUGGGGCUACGCAGAGGCGUUGACGGACGAUAUCGUUGCGUUUGCAAACGAGCAUGGGUUUCAGAUCAAGUAUCUUGAUUACGAUCAUCCCGAAGACGCCAGUCCGCUCGUUGCGGAUAUGUAUCGCCAAUGGAGGACCUCAGCGCAACUGCACCGGGGCCAUCCGACGGCUGACUCCAUCCUCGUCGAAAACUUCGUUGUACUAGAGCCGUGGCUAGCGAUGCGGUACAAUCUGAUCCCCUUUUGGACGGUUUUUCCCGUUAAACCGUCACUCGAACGGCUGCAGAGGUAUCUAAACCGAUGUAGUGAGGCGGGAAGGGGGUUUAAAGACGGGUUUCUGUUUUUGUUUUGCUCUGGGGUGCAUUCGAUUGAGCUUAUGGGGGUGGAGGCCUGGAAGGAGGUUCUGAGGAGGCACUUUGCUUCAUCAUCAGCAUCAUCGAAGGAUAUGGAUGCGGUUGUGGAAAAGAAGCCGUCACCGUUGCUGUUGGGAAUAGACAAGAACAAGUUCCCAAAGGACUUUGGCUUUCCAGCACUUUACCAGGGUCAACUGGCAGAAGCGGUUGGUGAAGAAGGGCAAUAUGUGAUGCCGCCCAGUUUAGCGCUGGUUGUGCUUGAACGUUUCAUGAUGCGGAAUGCUGAGAACUAUGGAAUGUGCUAUAAGGCUGAUAAUGAUUAG